AUGAGCAGUUCCGUAUUGUUGAUUGGUGGAGCCGGGUUCUUGGGGUUGCACUUGAUUGAGCAGUUCCACAGACAUUGUCCCAAGACCGAGAUCCAUGUAUUUGACGUGAGACCAAUCCCCGAGAAGAUCUCGUCGUACUUUACGUUUAACCAAGCGGACAUUAAAUUCCAUCAAGGUGACUUGACAUCGGCCGAGGAUGUUCGGAAUGCUAUUUUAGAGAGCAAAUGUGAUGCUAUUGUUCAUCUGGCGUCUCCCAUGCACGGUCUUCCUCAAGAGAUAUACGAGAAGGUCAAUGUCCAGGGGACACGGAACUUGCUUGAAGUAGCAGCUAAGGAAACCGGAGUUAAAGCUCUCAUAUAUACGUCUUCCGCAGGCGUUAUCUUUAAUGGACAAGAUGUGAUUAAUGCAGAUGAGCUGUGGCCGUUCCCCAAGGUCCAUAUGGAUGGUUACAAUGAGACUAAGGCCGAGGCAGAAACUAUGGUUGUUGAUGCCAACUCUGAUGACUUGGCCACCAUAUGCUUAAGACCAGCAGGGAUCUUUGGUCCCGGUGAUAGACAAUUGGUGCCGGGUUUAAGAGCUGCUGCCAAAUUGGGUCAAUCCAAGUUCCAAUUAGGUGACAAUAACAACUUGUUUGAUUGGACAUAUGUAGGAAACGUUGCUGAUGCUCAUGUGUUGGCAUUCCAAAAGAUCCUUAACCCUGAAACAAGAGACUUGGUUGCUGGAGAAGUUUUCUUUAUCACCAACGAUGCACCUACUUAUUUCUGGACCUUGGCUAGAACUGUAUGGAAGGCUGAUGGUCACAUUGAUAAGUAUAACAUUGUACUAAAGAAACCAGUGGCUUUGGUUGCUGGAUAUUUGUCCCAGUUCUUCUCCAAGCUCUUAGAUAAAGAGCCAGGCUUAACUCCGUUCAGAGUUAAGGUUGUUUGUGCUGUUCGUUAUCAUGAUAUUUCUAAGGCUAAAUCAAUGCUUGGUUAUAAGCCUGAAGUUGACCUUGAAACGGGGAUAAAGUAUACUCUUGAUUGGAUGAACGAGUCGUGA